GUCCGUCUGACGGUGCACCUGCCGGCCGCCCAGAAGGAUGGAGCCUCCGGGCGGAGCGCGGCACUUGGGGCCGGCGGGCGCCAGAAAACAGUUAUUGGACCUGCCCUGGGAAGACAUCCUCUUCCCCCGUGUUCUCUCGUAUCUCCCUCUGAGGCAACUCCUGAGCCUGCAGAGGGUCAGCAAGGCAUUUCAGUCUCUAAUUCAGCUUUACCUCACCAACAUGCGCUGCUUUGAUUCUAGGCAGGUGGGACCAAACAUUCCAAAAGCUGCAUUCUGCAUCCUGCUAAAAGACAAUGAGGUGUUGCAACAGCUGGCACUACAGAACUGUUCCGAUUGGCUGUCUGACAAGGAGCUGCUUCCUGUGAUUGGCCAGAACCACCAUUUGCAGCAAAUUGAGUUGAAUGGCUGCGUACAGCUGAGUCGCCAUGCCCUGGUGGCCAUCUCUUUGAGCUGCCCCAAUUUGCGCCGGCUUUCUCUGGCUCAUUGCGAGUGGGUGGACAGCCUCUCUCUGCGGAGCCUAGCCGACCACUGCAAGGAGCUUGAGUCCCUGGACCUUACAGCCUGUCGGCAGCUGAAAGAUGAAGCCAUCUGUUACCUUGCACAGAGGUGUAACAGACUGAAGUCCCUCUCGCUGGCUGUCAACGCGAAUGUGGGUGACGUGGCAGUGGAGGAGAUUGCCAAAGCCUGUCCCGAACUGGAGCACCUCGACCUCACAGGCUGCCUGCGGGUCAAGAACAACUCCAUUAGGACCUUGGCAGAGUACUGCCCCAAGCUGCGUGCUCUGAAGGUGAAGCACUGCCAUGAUGUGGUAGAAUCCAGCCUCAGCAUCCUUCGCAAUCGUGGCGUGGAGGUAGAUGUGGAACCUCCACUACAGCGCGCCCUGGUUCUCUUGCAAGAUGUCGUGGGUUUUGCCCCGUUUAUCAAUCUUCAGAUCUAAUGAAGGGAAGGCACUGUCCAGUUCUCCCUGUUGACUGCCUGCGGGAAGACCUGUCAGAUACUGCCGCUGAGGAGCUCAAGAGGCAGAGAGGGUUUACGUCUCAUCCCUUCAAGCCGGGCUGGUUCAGAGCUACCAAUACCCCAUGUUGGGAACCUGUACGCGCAUUAGAAAAACAAACCCACUUGCAUUACAAUGGACAACAAGGAUGUGUUUUGAUGCAUCCUGGCUAACAGAUACAUAGCAUUAUGUUCAAGGAUAUUCUACAGUUGGAUUUUGGGCUUUCUGCUGUGAAGCGACUGCUGACAGGCAGUUCCAUUGAUGUUGAACCCAUUUUACCCAACUGCACUCCAUGUGGACCUCCAAAGAUAAACAGGGAUUUUGUGAUGGGCGGGCAGGCGGAAUCUAUUAUCACUGGAGAGUAAGGUUGACAGCUGGCAAUAUUAGUACGACUUCCUUUCUGCUUUGAGUUGAGUGCUGGAGAAGUCCUACCACACCCUCCUAGAGAGAGUGGGGAGAGAACCUUCCUUCAGGUGUGCAAUGGACUGUUUGUGCCCUUAAAAGCUUCAGGGUGGUACCAGACUGCUGAGAAAAGUGGCAUUCUCCAAAUACCCUCCUGCUUUUAAGGGCAAAUGUGGUUCACACGUGUGCUGGUGCAUGUAGCUUCUUCUGCGUAUGCGGUUAAAGGGGGGGGGUAUUUAUUAGAUUCUCACCUUCUCGCAGCGAAAGGUGAGAAUUGGAGUGAAAAUUCUUAGAGCCGAUCUUUUGGAAACCAGACGGAAAAUAGCUUUCUUAAAGGAAGCACACUUUUUAACUCUGUAGCAGUCAUGGAAGCUAGCUUUACUGUGUUAGGCGAACGUGAUCAUACAUUAUGCAUAAAUUUCAAAUGACUCGUUAUAAAACAACACAAGCAGCACACUAGCGUAGUAAACUCCUGUAAGGAAAAGGAUAGAGAAGGAGGAGCAGCUCCUAUAGUCACCAUAGGCUCUGCUUCUGUAUAAGGAGAGUUAGUUCUCAAGCAUGUAAACACAAACUUCUAAUUCUAAAUUUCAUCCCCCAGAUAAAUAGGCAGAAGGGUUCCUUCACUCUUGGCUGGUAGAUGGUGAGAAAACAGCUAAAACGAGUACCCAAGCAGAAGGCAUGUGAUGGAGUUGAGUGGCCCUUAGUGGAAUUUAUAUUUCCUGGCUGGCUUGAGACUGAUGUAUGUUCUCUUCAUUUCUUCACUCUCUGCCUUCUUGAUAUCCUUGUAUCGUUCCCCUUUUGUACUUACUACCUGAUUGUCAAUGUAGCGAAUCAUCUUCUUGGGAGCCUAAGGGCAAAGAACGAAAAGAGAAGCUGAGUUGCUUUCCAGCCUGAA